UUCUCCAACUUCGCGUGUUUGACAUUACAUACAUGCGGAUACCCUAUACUGCGAAUAAAGUUGUUUGUUUUUUCAAAUAGAAAUAGUAAAAUAUGUAUGAAUAGAUUCAUUAAUAAAUGAAUUUAAAUGUUUUAGUUGAUAGGAAAUUUCUUAUUAAUUAUAUAAAAACUAUAAAGACUAAUGUUUACGAAAUAUAUUGAGGUUUUAAUUUCACUUUAAAAAUGGUUCGACAUAAUAAUCAAUUACCUGAUAAUCUUCCUCAACUACAGAAUCUUAUUAAACGUGAUCCAGAGUCUUACAAAGAAGAAUUUUUGCAGCAAUAUCGUCAUUACAAGUCAACUUUAGAAGUAUUUUGUUUCACUCCAGACAAAUUCAACAAAAGUCUCGAUGAGUUGGUUAUGUUUUUGGCGCAGGUCGCCUACUAUUACCGUGAUGAUUUAAAGACCUUUCCGCAAGAACUGAUUGAUAUUCUGAAAAACAAAAAUACCGUCUUGGACAGUGAAAUGCGUAUGACCUUUUGUCGUGCGCUUAUCCUACUCCGAAACAAAAACCUUCUUGAACCAACUGAUCUUCUAAGUCUGUUCUUCGAGCUAUUGCGUUGCCAGGACAAAGCGCUCAGACAGUUCUUACAAACGCACAUUAUAACGGAUAUCAAAAACGUUAACGCAAAGCAUAAGAAUGCCAAGGUCAACACUGUGCUGCAGAACUUCAUGUUCAAAAUGCUGAAAGACUCGAAUGCGAGAGCCGCAAAAAUGUCAGUGGAUAUUAUGAUUGAGUUGUACAACAAGAACGUUUGGAACGAUGCGAAAACGGUUAACGUCAUCGCAACCGGCUGCUUCUCUAAAAUCACAAAAGUUAUGGUAGCUAGUCUCAAGUUUUUCUUAGGCACCGAUCCUGAUGAAGAGGACAGCGACGACAGUGACAGCGACGACGAACCGAACAUCAAGGAAGUUAUUAUGGCUAACAAAGUUAAUAAGAAAACUAAAAAGAGGGAGAAGCAGUUGAAGAAAGCUAAGAAUCUUUACGUUAAAUCCAAAAAGAAGAAAUCGAAGGCUCCACAGUUCACUUUCUCGGCACUCCUCUUGAUACACGAUCCGCAAGGUUUAGCCGAGAAACUCUUCAAACAAUUGGAAAAGAACAACGACAGAUUCGAAGUAAAAGUCAUGAUGUUAAAUGUCAUUUCCAGGCUGAUAGGGUUGCACAACUUGUUCCUGUUCAAUUUUUAUCCAUACUUGCAGCGUUUCCUUCAGCCACAUCAAAGAGAGGUCACCAAAUUGCUGCAAUUUGUCGCACAAGCCUCACAUGAGCUGAUUCCACCAGACAUAAUACAACCGGUAUUGAAAACAUUGGCCAAUAAUUUCGUUACCGAGCGGAACUCGGCUGACGUAAUGGCUAUUGGAUUGAACGCAAUCAGAGAAAUCUGCGCACGAUGUCCACUCGCGAUGUACGAAGAUCUGCUUCAAGAUCUAGUAGCGUACAAGGGUAAUCGCGAGAGAAGUGUAAUGAUGGCAGCCAGAUCUCUGAUCAGUCUUUAUAGGCAAACGAUGCCGGAUAUGUUGCAUAAAAAAGAUAGAGGUAGACCGACGGAAGCUACCAUUGCCCUGGAACCGUUGAAGUACGGAGAAGUUGCGGCUAAAGAGUACAUACAAGGUGCCGAAAUUUUAUUGGAGCCAGAAGACGAUACUUUGGAAAUUGAUAGCGACAAUAGUGACGAUGAUGAUCAAUGGAUUGAUGUUCACCAUAGUAGUGAUGAAGGUGGAGAUGACGACAGCGAUGGUCAAUGGGUGACGGACGAUGAAAAAAACGAAGAGAAAGGAAGUGAUGUAGAAGGCGACGAAGACAGCGAUGAAAACAGCGACGAAGACAGCGACGAAGACAGCGACAAAGAAAGAGAAGAAGACAGUGAAGAUGUUGGUAAAAAAGAUGAAGGAAAUAAUGAAAAUGAAAAAUCGGAUAACAAAGACGGCGUCAACGAGCAAGACAAUGAUAACAAAGCUCGGGUCAAAAGACCCGCCUCCAAAAUAUCCGUAAGCGUAAAGCGUUUGAAUAAAAAAUCAAAAAAUUGCAAAUUAGAGCGAAAAAAGAGGAAGUUGCUGGAGAAGCAGAAGUUACAGGAGAAACUCAAAGCAAGGCAAAAAGUGGAAUACACAGGCGAGAGAAAAGCCAAAGCGUCGCAAGUGUCGAUCGAUCGGAUUUUGACCGAUGACGAUUUCAAGAGGAUCGACAUGGCUUUGGUGAAGCAGCAAGUGACACACGCGAAAAAAUCUGUAAAAAGGCCACUCGACGAGAACAAAGGUAGGGGUGAACUGGUCAGAUUGGGUGAUAUCGAGAAUAUCUACAAGAAGAGGAAACAUGAUAAGCAGGCUCGCCUAGAAAGCGUCAAGCAAGGACAAUUGGACAGAGAAAAGUUUGGUUACAAGGACGGCCGACAAAAUCCUCACAGUAGUAAAACUAACCGCGAAAGAAAUAAGAAAAAGAACUUCCAAAUGAUCAAGCACAAAGUCAAGGGAAAGACCAAGCGAUCGUUCAAAGAUAAGCAGAUAGCUCUGAGGAAUCAUUUACUCAAGUUAAAGAAAAUGAAGUGAAAUUAAUUAUAUAAAUAUAUUUUUAAAUUUGUGUGAAUAAAAUUGCACUUGC